AUGACUGUUGUGAGAACCAUAGCUUUUCCCAUCAGUAGUGCGCGGGCUAUUUUUUUAUUUUUUAUUUUAUUUCUUUAUUUUUUCAUUUUUUACACGACUGUAUGAGGAGAUUUGUUUCCAAGUGACAUCCUCCUUCCAGGUGGGCUGGAAGGAGGAGCCACAUACUCUUGUGGAUCUGUAGACGCACGUCAUGACAGGCCGGAGUGGAAGGAUCAGUGAACUUUUUCUUGGUUGGAGACGGAAGAACAUGGAGCACGCCACGAUAAACUGGAACCCGAGGGGAUAGAAAACAGGAUCUGACUGGAAAGAUGGCACAGCAGGAGGAGCCUUUGUAUGAUUUCCCAGAGCCCGCCCAGCCAUCAGAGCGUAAACUCCUGGGGGUUCAAAGAGGAAGGGGCUCCCUGAGAAGCAUCAGCGUGUUGGACCGUCUCCUGCUUACCGUUCCUGUCUGGCUGCAGCUGUCCAUCAACCCGGCAAACGCGCUGCACAUUCUGCAGAGGGAACCUCCUGGGACGUUCCUGGUAAGAAAGUCCCGCACAUCCCAAAAGAACGUGCUCUGUGUUCGUUUGGCAGAUGACAGUGUGCCGUCAUUUGUUCAGGAGUUUGGCAUCAGGGAAGAGCAGUCCACUCUGUCUCUGGAGAGUUCAGCCAUCAGCUUUCCAGAUCUCCCUAGACUAAUUUCCUUUUAUUGUGUCAGCAGAGAUGUGCUGCCUUUUCCUCUGGAGCUCCCUGAAGCCAUCGCAAAGGCGUCAUCACACAAGGAGCUUGAGUCCAUCUCCCACAUGGGAAUUGAAUUCUGGCGUUCCCAUCUGAAUGUCCGUGGACCACGGGAUCCUCCUAAGCCCAGAAAAGAGGAGAAGCCAGACGUUGCCACAUCGACUCCACCUGUUCUUCUACAGACUAAUUGUGCAGCUGAGCCAGACUGUGUUAUCCAACCGGAUGCAGAGAAUCAACUCAGUGCAGCUGAACCCCACUCAAACAGCACUAAAUCUGAUUCAAAUCCAACUCUGUUCCAGGAGUUUUGUCCGAUCACAACGCGGAGCCCCAGAGAACUGAACUGCGGCUCCAGUCAGGGCGCCCUCUGCUUCAUCAACCCUCUGUUCAUGCAGUCACAGAAUGCUUUCUCCAGAAGGCGCAUGUUCAAACGCAGCUUAAAAAUUCGAGUUUCCACAGAGACGUCAAGCUCUCUCUCCCCUCCGCUCGCUCCACCACCUCCUCCACCCCUCAUACCUAAAACCAAAAAGAGAUGUAAAGUUUUAAAAGGAGGAGGAGUCAAACCCAAAGGAGGAACACUUCAGGUUGAGCAGCCUCCAUCAGUAGAUCUUUAUGUCUGGCCAGAGAUACAGGAAGAGGGCCAAGCAGAGUGUGAGAUGGACCACACUGAAGCCGACAUCAAACAGGAAAUGGCUUUAGCUCAGCUACCAGCCAUAAUGGAGCAUCUUUUAGAUGAUUACAUGCAGCCUUGUUCUGCGGUCAGUGCCCACGCUCCCUCGCUUUCUCCUUACCAGUCGCCAUCAGUUUCUCCAAGAGCCCCCCCUCUUUUCCCCAAAACGUGUCAUUCCCACUCUCCUCGCUACUCUCCCAGUUCUUCCCCAUCCUUCUCACCUUAUCAGUCCCCGUCUAUAUCCCCCAAAGUGCCUCUCUCUCUCUCCCCAUACGACUCGCCCAGCAUUUCUCCGUCUCUCUCCCCUGUAACCUUUAUGAACUCCUCUUUGCUGUCAGAACAAGUCUGCUGUGAAGAGGCUGCUCCUUCAGGACCAGAUGAGCAGAGAUCAGCGCAGGACACUGAGGAUGAAGCAGCAUACAUGGGUAGGGAUAAAGACGAUGAUGAAGAGUCAAAGGAUUCGGAUGAAAAGAAGGAGAAAGAGGAGAACAUGGAUGUAAAGAGCACUGAAGCAGAAAUGUUCAGUUCUGAAAGGAAUCUUGAAGAAGCAACAGAGACUCCACCUGAGUUACCCCAUAAACAGGACACACUUAAACAAAGUGAUGAGCAAGCACCUUAGACUGUGGAUGCAUUUAAAAAUAGUUACGGUAAUGUUUUAAACAUUUUUCAAGAAUGAGCAGAGAUACCUUAUAGGAAUAAUUAAUAUUUGAGUGACAUGUUUCUUAAAACGUGUUUUAUGUGGUCUUCCUUUUCAAUUAGGGAGCAAGUCAUUUUUUAAUUUAACUCAGCUAAAAUUAGUGACAACAGUUGAAAUGUUUGCAAAAUAAACCCCUCCAUACCAAUCAAGUCUUCAAUCUGCAAAUAUAGAUUCUUGUUCUUGCAAGUGUGAAAUAAAUCAUUCUCAGUUAAA